GUCCCCAAAUUGGAACUGAUGAACAAACCCUUAAUCGUAAUAAAGAAAUAUUAACUGAAUUAGCGAAAACACCUUCAACCGCUACUCCUCACUUCCCUCCUAACUUAGUCAAUAACAUUACUUCUGCCGCCACGGCUUUUUUAGACUGUUUUGAAUUACUAAACCACCAAAAUCAAGCCAUUGGUCAAAGCCGGAAACUAUUUUGA